AUGAACACAAGAAAUAGUCCUCAAACUCAAAAGAGUCUAUCUCGGCAGUCAUCGAAGUCGAAUACGAGGGCAAAGCAAGAGCCACUUAGCCCGUUUUCUGGUGGUGGAUGUUGUCGAGGUUUCACCAGCGUGAAGACUGUGGCAUCCACCACAUCAACCUUGCAACAACAUCAGCUCCAACAGCGUUAUGAGAGUUUGGAAGUGAAGGUAGGAGAUUUGGAAAAGGAGGUGCAAAAGCAAACAGAACUCAGAGUGAUGUAUAGAAAAAGAAUGGAAAGGACACAAGACUAUUUAAGGUACUGUCUCCAAAUAGCACAGGAGAAUGGAAUCUUGGAACACAUUGUCCAAUCCAAAGGUGAACUUCAACAUUCUCCUCUUUCUGUCAACAAUGUCAGCUCCGUUACCAAUAGUCCUCUUAUUCUCACUCCAACAAUGCACCAGCACCACCCCAAUCUAGAGGCCAUCAUUGAUCAAGCCCAAAUCAAUGGAUGGUACAUUAACCCAACCGAGAUUCAAUUGGAUGAGAAAAUAGGACAAGGAACCACAGCAGACAUCUACAGAGGAGCAUGGCGCGGAUUUGAUGUAGCAGUGAAGUGCAUUUCACCUGAAUUCUUCCGCACAAAUGCAAACGGUGUUGAAUUCUUUGCUCAAGAAGUUGAAACUCUCUCAAAGCAACGCCAUAGGUUUGUGCUUAAUCUGAUGGGUGCUUGUCUUAACCCUCCUAAUCAUGCAUGGGUUGUUACUGAGUAUCUAAACACCACACUAAAGGAGUGGCUUCAUGGUCCCGGAAAAAGGCGUAGAGACAGAAUUGUGUCACUUCCUCCUCUAAAAGACAGAGUAAUAAGGGCCUAUGAGAUAGCCCAAGCUAUGCAAUAUCUUCACGAACAAAAGCCCAAAAUCAUUCACCGCGACUUGAAGCCGAGCAACAUUUUCUUAGACUUCGAGUUGCAUGUUAGAGUUGCUGAUUUUGGACAUGCUCGUUUCUUAGGGGAUGGGGAAAUGGCUCUCACUGGAGAAACAGGAACAUAUGUGUAUAUGGCGCCAGAGGUGAUACGAUGUGAGCCUUACAAUGAAAAAUGUGAUGUAUACAGUUUUGGAGUCAUAUUGAACGAGCUUCUCACAGGAAAACACCCCUACAUUGAGACAGAAUAUGGUCCUGCCAAGAUUGCUAUGGAGGUUGUAGAGGGCAAGCUGCGGCCUACGCUUCCUUCGCGGGACGAUGGUGAGCCACUGGCAGAGUUGAUUGACCUUAUACGUCUUUGUUGGGAUGGAAACCCCUCCACUAGACCAUCCUUUGAUACAAUUAGUCGUCUUCUCAAAAGCUAUACCAAUAGGGUCCUUCAAUUUUCAAAGUAGUGUGUUAGAGAAGUGAAAUCAAAUAAACUAUUUAUUUAUUGGAAGGGAAAAUAAUCAAACAUACA